AACCUCGCGAUGAUUCCGGGAGGAGGGGAGUGUCAAAUUCCAAAAGAGAAGAGAGGGAGAGGAGCGCAAAGUUACAUUGAAAGCUAUUUGCAAAGAUGGGGGACGACCGGCCUUUUGUGUGCAGCGCUCCCGGCUGUGGACAGAGGUUUACCAACGAGGACACCUGGCUGUGCACAAACACAAAGCAUGAGAUGAGUCUAAAGUUUGGCCCUGCCAGGACAGACUCUGUCAUUAUCCAAGGUACUGGUUCUCCUAACCAGACCCCUACUCCCACUCGCUUCCUGAAGAACUGUGAGGAGGUCGGGCUGUUCAACGAGCUGGCUAGCUCCUUCGCUGAGGAGUUCAGGAAGGCCCAGGAGGACGACGACAAGCGGGCCAAGAACCCUCUGCCUGCCCCCCACAGAGAGGUGGCCCUACACAUGAGCCUGCAGACACCAUCAGCAGAAGCCAUGAAGGUGAAGGAGGAGGAGCCUGUGGAGGUUGACUCUUCCCCACCAGGAAGUCCUGAUUCCUUCUCCAGCAUGUCAGACAGCAGCAGGGAUGCCAUGGUGAGACGAGGAAAGGACACUCCCCCGAGAUCAGUGCUGAGUUCUGCCCCCACCCCCACCAUCAUGAGGCACGGUGCCCUCCCUAUGCGUCCCAGACCAGGCUCUCUGCCCCUCCACUUAGGCUUUGACGCCCUGCAGCCCACCAUGCCUUCACCCACCUCCGUCAUCACACCCACCCCACCCUCCAACCGCACCCUGCUGGGCUCUCCCACUGGCCACUACCCCGUGAUGAUGCACCUUACCAAUGGGCUCCUGCCUGGUCCUAUGCAGAUACCCUCUGUCAUUUCUCUGGCCCGGCCCAUGCACAUAGUGCCCAACAUUCCCGGCAUCCCUGGUCCUCCUCUGGGAGGCGGCAGCAGCGGCUCCCACUCCACGUACACCACACACUCUGAGGCCAAGAUGAGGCUGAAGGCAGCACUAGCACAGCAGAGUUUAGGGGGUCAGAUGGGGGGUGUGGCCGGCAGCCCCAUCCACCCCCAGAGAAUGGAGCAGAGCCAGCUAUUGGUGCAGCACCCAGACGCACCCUCCCCCGCACAGCCACAGGUGUCUCCGGCUCAGCCUACCGGUGGACGGCGGCGGCGUGCAGCGGGGAACGACCCGGACGAUAGACGACAGCGUUUCCUGGAGCGGAACCGGGCAGCCGCCUCACGCUGCCGACAGAAACGCAAAGUCUGGGUCAACUCCCUGGAGAAGAAGGCCGAGGAGCUCUCUUCCAUGAACGUCUCCCUGGCGAAUGAGGUGUCUCUACUGAGGAACGAGGUGGCUCAUCUCAAACAGCUGCUGCUGGCUCAUAAGGAUUGCCCUGUCACCACUCUACAGAAGAGCAUGGGAGAAGACAGUAUAAUGAAAGACGUGUCGGAGCCCACUGGCUCCCCAGCACCCGUCAUCCAGCACAGCUCCCUGCCCAGUCCCUCUCCUUCCUCGGGCCCCAAUGGGAUAAGUAUCCGGGCGGCCGCCGAGGCCAUGUCAGUGCUGGCUAGGAUGGGUCAACACCAGCAGCACCAGCAGAGGAGAGAAGAGAGGGAUGGAGGGAGAGACGUGAGGGAUGGACCCUCCUCCCACGUCAUCAUGGCCACACAUUGGCACCACUCUGCCAGAUGAUGAGCGUAUCACACACCACAGCCCGGGACUGUACGGCUCACACAGCACCAGGCACCACCCUACACGGGCAGGAGGAGAGCACAGGAGAGGGUAGAGGAGGAAGAGAGCAACUCAAAAAAAGUCACACCUUCCUAGUCAAAUAAACCUUCUCAGGUGAGCAGAGGAUGAUACAAUGCUCCCUCCUCUACUCUCUGCCCGUGCUGCGGCGGACAUUUUUGUGUCAGCCACUUUUGUGUCAGGCCUGGAGCCUUGCUGGAGCUCAGCAACAACAGCCUUCUGGGAAUGGACCGGGACGAUAGAAGAGGAAGAGCUUCCUGUUCUGUUCAAUAUGCCAUAUAUAGACUACAUAUAGGGGCUGGACUCAACACCCCUCAAGCCCUUAUGAACUUCACUGGACUGUAGGACUGCAUAGCAUCGUCCCGAGUGUCGUAACUGUCAUUGUGAUAAACUUGGACACUCAGACUCUAACACACACAUACCAGACACAUAUAGUCAGCGUAAACAUUGAAUUGAUUCAUGUUUGUUGUUUAUCAAGUGAUAUACCAAAGCCCUGAUCACUGCAGGGGUYCAUACUAUUGUAACAGGGGGUUGUGGCCUUGCUCUCCUGCACAUGUUGACACGUUUUAUUCCCACACAAAAAUGGGUUUUAAUGAUUGAAGCUCCAACUCCAUAGAUGAAAUAGUUUUGUAUACUCUAAAAUAUUUUCAAUUUGGUCUGUUUGAUCCCUAGCAGUUUUGUAAGCAAUUUCAUUUCGAGUAUCUGUCGCAGUUGUUCACGAAAAAGCUUGACCUCAUUUUUAGCCCUUUAUGAUACAUUUUAUAUAGCGUGUGUGUGUGGGGUGUGUGUAUGUACAUCAAUGUAUGUACAUCAAGCAGUUUGUUGAUUCAAGGUCUGAUAAAACAAGAUCUGAUUUGGUAGCAUUUGA